UAAACCAAAUGACCAGUUGUCUAAACACAUUUACUAAAUCUAGCCGUCAUUUUCCAAUAUCAUAAACACAUUUCACAUGAAGACACAAUUCACAAAACACAAUCCUCCAUUCACAUAAAUCUUAACACAUUUUUCCUUGCUAAAACACAAGUUGCAAAAGAACUCUGCUCAUAUUCUCAAAUUAAAGCUCAUGUGAUGCAAAAUGCUUGCCACAGUCAGCAUUAUUUGAACAAAAUGAACACACCUGGCGUCAUUCAUUACACACAACGACUCAAAAUUGAAAACACCUGUUGCUAAUGCUGUGACCACAUGUAUAAAAGCAAGUUCAGAGUGCACAGUUUGCUGAAGAUUCCAAACAAACACAAUGGGUGAAGGCAGAGUCAGGGGAAGAGGUAAUCGCGUCAGAGGAGGAAGAGGAGCAGGCCAAGGAGGAAGAGGAGCAGGCCAUGGUGGAAGAGGAGCAGUCCAACAAGGGAGAGAAGGUCCAGGAGGGAGAGCAAGACAACCUCGUACCAUCAUUACUGACGAGAUGCGAGCAACAGUCAUUGACCAUGUCAUUGUCCAUGGCAUGACAAUGGCUGAAGCAGGACUAAGAGUCCGUCCAAACCUGAGUAGGUUCACCGUGGCCACCAUUAUCAGGGCAUUCAGACAACACAACAGAGUUGAAAGAAUGCCACAUAGAGGUGGGCGGGUUGCCAUAUUUACAGCAGCACAAGAAACCCCCAUUGUGGAUAUGGUUUGUGAGAACAACCUCAUCAGACUCCGGGAGAUCAGAGACAAAGUCAUUGACGAUAAUGUGAACUUUGAGGGCAUUGAUGAUGUCAGCUUGGCCACAAUAGACCGAGUUCUCCGGCGCCGAAAGAUGCGGAUGAAACAAGUCUAUAGGGUUCCCUUUGAGCGAAACUCUGCACGACACAAAGACCUACAUUACGAGUAUGUGCAAAGGAUAUUACAGUUGCCUGGCAAGAGACAAUAUAGCCUGUGAUGUGGAUGAGGUGAUGUGGCCUGAUGCAGCUCAGCGACAUGAUGCCGCACAGUGAUUGUGGUGUAAAUACUGUAAAAUGAAUAAAAAAAACUUCACACCCUGAUCAUGUUUUCAAGAGUACUGUUGUGUGCAAUAGAUUCUGCUUUUGCAGUGAGUUGUGUUACAGUAGUGUACAGAAUUUACUAUAGAUUUAUACACUUCAUAUGAAACUCA